AUGUACAUGGCUCUGAAAAGAGACAGGAACGACAGCUCCUCCUCCUCCGAGAGGCUACCUCUAUCAGACAGCCCAGAAGACUAUCACGAUGAGUCCUUCGACAAAGACCACUUCGACGAUGGCCCCCGCUACGGGGACUACCCACACAGGCCUCACUUUCAAUGGAGCAGCCUAUGCUUCCAUCUCAUUCUUGCUUCUAUCUACGGUGCUGCAUUCCUAACAGCAUCAUACCGAUCGACGAGUAGCAUCAAAAAUCACGACAGCAAACCGAAGCAUCUUAUAGCGUCCCCGUUAUGGGAAGCAGUAAAAAUAGAGCGAAAAACAAUCAACGCCUCGAUUGAGAGCGAAAAUCCAUUCAAGGGUGCUCCAUCUGAGGAAUUGGACCAUGCCUGGCACCAGCUAUUCAUUAAUUCUAACGUCCGAGUUACUGCUGAAGAUCUGGCGAGAAUUAAUCGCACGUCUGUCCCAAUCAAUGAUGAGAAGGGAGGCUAUUACGCCAUUCCAGAAAUUCCUCCGCCAAGUAGUCUACCACAGCUACUAUCACAUCGGGAAGCCAAGCACUCCUCUUCACAUCGGUUUGUUCCUAUCCACAUCUUAAAAGAUGCUCAAUGUGCAAUAACUAACGGCACUAAAGAGCAUUGCAUCGAUAACCUCCGCCAAAAUAUCAUGUGCAAGGCCGACAUCGCUCUCCUAACCUUCACAUGGGAUCCCACUGACCGUGCCCCGAAACCCAACUUUGUCGUCGAGCACGAGUGCGCCAACUGGGACAAAGUGGAUAAAUGGGCCGAGGAGCAUCGAUUCGAUAUCUUCGAUGAGACUGCCCUGAUUCAUCCCACCCUGGGGCCUUCGUUCCCGGAGGAAGAGUACAAGGCCACGGGGAGGAUUCCGGGACAUCCGGAUUUUCAUCCGAAUGAAUAUCAUGGGGGUCAUAGUAAGGGGACAUGA